ACGACUUUGUAGGGUAUUUAUAGACGCCAUUUUUUCACGGUCAAAUGUACAUUUGCCAUCGAGAUUGCAACUUUUAACCGGGAAUAUAGAAAUAGGACCGUCAGUGAUCCCCAGUACCAGUAACUUAGUGCUGUUUGUCUCGAGGAAGUGCUGCAGACAGUCCGCGACAACGUUUUAAACAGCGUCACUAGCUUGGAGCCAACGAAGAAAAGAAGAAGCAAUUAUCUGCCUUUGUCAAAGUGGUCCUGGCGUGGAUAUUUCACAAGAAAAGCCACAAUGGUGCAGCUUUAUCUCUUACUCAACCUGGUCGCCAUGGUAACAGUCUCCACAUCAGUGCACAACACCCACCACGUGAAUACCAUCGCGUUGUUUCCAGAGAGAACGGCCUGGUGUGAGGCACAGGAAAUUGAACAGAUAAUUGGUCACGACCAGUGCACAUCCAAACCUAUAAGCAACCGCGUGUGUGUCGGCCAGUGUUUCAGCUACCGUAUACCGCGGACAGUGCCCCCAACGCCAAAUAAAGAAGAUCUUCACUACUGUGACUGCUGCAGACCUUCCGUUGUCACGUGGGAAAAGAUUACACUGGACUGCAAUUCAGACGAAAUGCCACAAGUUGACAAGAUGGUGGAGAUGAUCCAAGAGUGCACAUGUAAGGCAUGCCACGCAGAGCCAAGAAAUUCCAAACCAAUUGAAAUCUAAAAAGCAAAUUAAUUAAUCAAAAAUCAUUAAACCAGUCCAUACGCGAUGUAGUUAUGGCGCUGUUAUAGACUUUAUUAGUGGAACUUACCGUUCCAUUUGUUUUGUCAUAUAAAGUGAAUUCCUCAGGGUUAACUUUCAUUUAAAACGCCUUUCCCCUUUUGCUAUGUAAAGUAAAUUUAUGACAUGUGACUGAAAAUACGCCCAAUCUAAAACGUCCUUCGUAACGCUGAUAUGAUAUCGUGCAUAUUAUGACAUGUAUGUACAGAUACGCUUUAUUAUGAUUAUAGCGUAUUCCGCCAGAUUGAAAACAAAGUAAAAAAUCACUACGCCUCCUGGGGGCGCUCUACUCAUCCCAAAGCAGUCAAAACGGAAAUUACACAUUAUUAUUAUCUACUCAUUUUACAAAUUCCACAAGUCGGGAAUCGUUUUGAAUUUUGGUUAAAAUGAACAAAACAUAAAAUAGAUCGAACCCCAUCAACUUUUCGACAAUUUACAAACAUGAAUAUUAUAGUAUGCCAAAUUUAUAAUGGUUACUUUAGCAUUUGUCAAUAUUUUAUUGAAAAACUAGUUAUAUUCGAGGAUAGAGAAGAAAAUCAGAAGUUUCCUGUGAAUAAACUUGUUAGCCUAUUGAUAACAAAUAUCAGUGAUUAUGAAAAAACAUUUUUUAUAAAUUUUGUAUAAAUAUAUUUUUGUUA